AUGUCCACCGGCUCGGUGAGCGACCCCGAGGAGAUGGAGUUGCGGGGGCUGCAGCGGGGGUACCCGGUCCCCGCCUCCAAGAGGCCGUCCCUUCGCGGCGCCGAGGGCAGCUACAUCUCUCCCAGUGACAACUCGUCCGCGGAGGAGGAAGACCCCGAUGGCGAGGAAGAGCGGUGUGUCCUGGGCGCGGCCGGCGGCGCGGAAGGCUGCAAGAGGAAGCGGCCGCGUGUGGCUGGGGGCGGCGGCGGCAAGAAGCCCCUCCCGCCCAAGGGCUCGGCCGCCGACUGCAAGCAGUCGCAGCGGAACGCAGCCAACGCCCGCGAGCGCGCCCGGAUGCGCGUGCUGAGCAAAGCCUUCUCCAGGCUCAAGACCAGCCUGCCUUGGGUGCCCCCCGACACUAAGCUUUCGAAGCUGGAUACGCUCCGGCUGGCUUCCAGUUACAUCGCGCACCUGCGGCAGCUGCUGCAGGAGGACCGCUACGAGAACGGCUACGUGCACCCGGUGAACCUGACAUGGCCUUUCGUGGUGUCAGGACGACCCGACUCGGACACCAAAGAAGUUUCGGCAGCCAACAGAUUAUGUGGGACCACCGCUUAGAUCGAACACAGUUGCUGGGAUUAUUGUUGAAGCGUCUGUGUUUGGGGGCGGAGAGAAAGGAGCGUGAGAACCGCAUCCCCCGCUCCCGCCAGGGAAUGCGGGGAAAGUUCCAUCGGAUUCUCCUAAAUUCUCCUAGACAGCUCCCCACCCGAACUGAGAACACGACACAUGGCGGGUGUCGGGAUCUGUGCCCGAAGGGUUGGCCGCGCGGCUGUCAUCGCAGGACGCUGAGGGCUGCGGCUGCUGCGGAUCCCCGGGAGGACAGUUUGCCUCUCCAAAAAGAGCUUCCUUCUGUCAGUACAGCGCGGAACCAGAUCCACCCUCGGACUUUAGCUGUAGACUAACCCGGCGCCAAACCACCUAGGAGUUAGUUUCUCGACGGAGCCAGAUCUCUGUCUAUGACGGCACGGCUCUGCACAGCAUAGGCGCGUGCUAGGUUAGGCGAUGCUUACUUAGAACGUGCUCAGGACGAUUGGCUUUAAAGACAGCAGUGUUCGCGGGAGACCAACAUAGGGGCGUGUUUUAAAUUGCAAAGACGGGAGAGUGGCGUACUUGGGCCAGGUUUGUACCCCCACAGGGCAGCAGCCUCCUAGAUGAAGGGGCUGCCCUCUGCACAGGGAGAGAUGGAGACACGCUUUCAGGGACCACCCGGCCCGGGUUUGCCGGGAGCGCUCUGGGCGGUUCUGCCUCCUCGUGGCGGUCAAGGCCUUCUCUCCCCCCAGGCUCCCGCCCCUUCCUAGCCGGGCUUCUGUCUGUGCUCCUACCACCUCCCAGUCUAGACUUGAGCCUCCCACCCCCGCGCGCCCCCCCCUCAAUCAAGCUCGGGUCUUCUUGGGGUCUCCGUCCAGUUCUUCCUCCACACCUCUUUGCAGCACCCCUCCUCCGGCUCCCGACCACCCCCAGCCGGCCUCCCCUACCCAAGCUCUGGUGGCCUCCUCCUGCAGCACAGCCUCCCCGUGCCCACGUUCUUCCUUGCUGGAGGAGUGCGCUGGGUGGUCCGCUGAGCGGGUUGGGUACCUAAGGACCCGGCUCAGGGGACAUACGCCGCUGUCCCGAGGCUUCUCUAUCACAAUACUAGCAAAUGUAAAUAAAUUUAUUUUUGUAUGAAUAAAAAAAGGCAUUGUGAAAUCUGA